UUUUUAUCAAGCCGGAGAAAAAGAAGAGAACUUUGAAGCAAACUCACUACACCUGUAAAACUCAGAGGUUUAUAAACAGAGCGUUGCUGCUGCUAGAGUGCCUAGGUUGAGGGUGUCCCUCUGCCAGCCAGCGUAAUUUAGUAUUUGCUCUAAUUCUUCCGGUGAUGCUUGGUAGACUUUGUGUUCGUCACAAACCUUGGAUUAGCUCAAUAACUGUAUUCUCUCACAGCCUAUCGGCGGCUCACCAAAGCCGGUUUGUUCAUAGUUUUCCCAUUCAGGUACAAGUCGCCGCCGAAUUACAUAAGCGUCGACAUCAUUCAACUGCCUGUAGCCUUGGCGGCGCUUUGAACAGCGGCGGCGGCGGCGGCGGCGCGGCCUCCAUAUGGCACGCAAUCCUUCCCUCGGGCCGCGAAGGCGGGGGAUGCGGUUGCCGUCGUCGGAGAGAUGAGAGGAAGCCCGGGGAGGGGUCGUGGAAUGCGGCUUGGGAUGAAAGACCGGCGCGGUGGCUGCACCGUGCUGACUCGGCUUGGCUGCUCUUCGGCGUUUGCAGCUGCCUUGCUCCGAUUGAAUACUGGACGGACAAAUGUGCAAAUCCCGAGACGGUUACAGUUGUGGAUGAAGUGGGCAUAACCGACGGUUGCGAUGAUUCCAAUGAGAAAAAAAGUUGCGAAGUGAUAGAGAGUACUGAGAGGUCUGGUGCUGAUUUCAAGGUCAUAGGGAUGCUGGCGGAUGGGAGAUGUUUAUUUAGAGCAAUAGCACAAGGUGCUUGCAUGAAGACUGGGGAAGAAGUCCUGGAUGAAAAUCAUCAAAGAGAACUUGCUGAUGAAUUAAGAGCUCAGGUUGUGGAUGAGCUUCUAAAGAGGCGUGAAGAAAUGAAAUGGUUUGUUGAAGGAGAUUUUGAUGCAUACAUAAAGCAGAUUCAACAGCCUAACGAAUGGGGUGGAGAACCUGAAUUGUUGAUGGCUUCUCAUGUCCUGAAGUAUGUUCCGUAAUUAUCUUUUAUCACCAGUUUUGAGUCAUCAACCACCCUUCUACUGGGAAACUGAUAUCUGUCUUCAUGAUUGAUCAAAGAUCAGGUAAUCUGGUGAACAUAGCAAAUUAUGGUGAAGAAUAUCGAAAGGACAAAGAAAGUGCUAUUAAUGUGCUAUUUCAUUGGUAUGGUCACUAUGAUCUAUUGGAGACUUCCCCGUAGAAGUUAAUAUGUUUGGUAGAAAUUUUCAAUUGAGUUUAUCAUUACUUACCCCGUUGUAAUUUUCAAAAUGGAUGUCUUCCAGCCAAUUGAGAAUAUCAAUAAGGCUCUUUCAGCAAUGACAAUUCAAGCAAUAAGGUUACUACA